GUUUUGUCAAUCAAUGAAAGAAGACAUAAACUUCACAAAUUUUCUGUUUUUUUCUUCCUACUUCUUUCAUUUUCCGUGACACAAACAGUACCAAAAAAGAAAACAAACAAAAAACAAAGCAUAUAAUAAACGUGAAUAUCAACUUUCUCAUGUUGUGCAUAUCACAACCAAACCUCUAGAAUGUGUAAGAAUUUCAAUAUUUUCACUUUACUUUCAACUUUCUUCAAUUGUUUUUCCUUCUGAAGCUUGUUCAUGUGAUUUACCAUAUUCUGCUUUUUUUUUUGUUGAUUAGUGACAGUACAUGAGAAUCAUAGCUGAUUAAAUUGUGUGAAAUGAAGUGCUUUUCCAUUUUCAAAGACAAAUACAAGGGUAGGGGUCAAAGAUCAGCACCUGAGCUAAAAGGGCAAGAGAAACAUCAGUUUUCAGGAUCUGAUAGAGUUACAAAGUCUUCUUGUUCAUCUACCUCUUCACCUAGGGGUAUACCAAAACUUUAUGAGGAAAAGGGUCAUAAUUUGAGGGUGUUUUCUUUCUCCGAGCUUAAACGUGCAACAAGUGAUUUCAAUAGGCUUCUUAAGAUAGGUGAAGGUGGAUUUGGAAGUGUUUUUAAAGGUUCAAUUAAACCUGUUGAUGGAAAUGGUGAUCCUAUCUUAGUUGCCAUCAAAAGACUUAACAAGGAUGCAUUGCAGGGUCAUAAGGAAUGGUUGACAGAAGUUCAGUUUCUUGGUGUUGUUGAUCAUCCAAACCUUGUGAAGCUUAUUGGAUACUGUGCUGUGGAUGGUGAGAGAGGGAUCCAAAGAUUACUCGUGUACGAAUAUAUGCCUAAUAGAAGCUUAGAAGCUCAUCUUUUCAAUAAAGCUUAUGAUCCUGUGCCUUGGAAAACAAGACUUGAAAUUGCACUUGGAGCAGCUCAAGGCUUAUCUUAUCUCCAUGAAGAGUUAGAAGUCCAGGUGAUAUAUCGCGAUUUUAAAUGCUCAAACGUGCUACUGGAUGAAAAUUUUAAGCCAAAACUUUCUGAUUUCGGACUCGCGAGAGAGGGACCAGUAGCUGGAGAUACUCACGUUUCAACUGCUGUAAUGGGGACACAUGGUUAUGCCGCUCCAGAUUACAUUGAGACAGGCCAUCUCACAGCCAAGAGUGAUGUAUGGAGUUUCGGCGUAGUUCUAUACGAAAUACUUACCGGUAGGCGUUCAUUGGCAAGACACAGGCCGAAAACAGAACAAAAACUAUUGGAAUGGGUGAAGAACUACCCUCAUGAUAGCAAAAAGUUCGACACAAUAAUGGAUCCAAGACUUGAAGGACAGUAUUCCAUUAACGCAGCGCGAAAAAUUGCUAAGCUCGCAGAUCAUUGUCUGCGAAAAAGCUCGAAAGAUAGGCCUCCAAUGAGUCAAGUGGUAGAGAGAUUGAAGGAAAUAAUUCAAUCUUCUGAUGAAGAACAAGAAGAACAUGAACCUAACGAGGUAAACGCCGUUGAGGUAUCUGAAAAUGAUUCAGCUGAACAUCAAGAAGAGACAAAUCAAUCAGGCUCAACUGAGUUAUGGAGAAAGAGGAUGGAACAUCUUGCAAAACUUGGUGAACAUGUGGAAGAUUCUAGUAGAAGAAGGUUUAUGAUCCAACAUCAACUUAGGGCCAAUGUGUCUACAUAGUUUCAUUACUUCCAUAAUCCAUUUGGUCCUUUCUGAGCAAUGAUGAAUGAUUGAUAUAUAAAACAAAGCAUGAAAUUUUUAUGUGAUUAUGUAUAGAUUUAGAAUGAUGGCAACAUUACAUUACUAAUGAUUUUUAUUUUUUUUUGAGUAGCCAUAUAUUUUGUUUAGUAUGAAUGUGAACUAAAUAUUUUAUGGUAUAUAACUUGUAGCUUUUUUAUAUA